CUGUUGUCUAAACAUUUGUCGAGCAAGCGAUUCCCAGUACGGUACGGGACAGUUUCAGUUGCUUCAGCGGAAUUGGAGCGAGAGGCAGAACGGCCAAGCUUUGAUUUUCUUAUUGGAACAUUUAACCGACCCGACCAUAAACACACUCAUACAUACGCGAGCGCGCGCCAGGGUCAAUCUUUUGCGUCCGUCCCAACAGAGCAGUCCGUUCCGCCGUUCGCUGUAGCAAACAUUUGGGAUCAUUAGAUAAUCGGGAGAGGAGAUAAUAAAUAAACGCUCAGCGCCCCCCGCAACACCACCCCAUCUUCAAGAGAAGAGAAUGAGCCGUCUGCUAAUUAACAAGCCCAGCGCCAUGCAACGUGCUGCAGCCACAAUGUCUGGCAGGGCCGCCUCCGCCUUGCCACUUCGGCAGCCCUAUCCACAGCAGCAGCAACAAUCCAAAUUGACGCCCAGUGUCGUCAUUCGACGCUGGAAAUCGUUUAUACAUAGCGUUCAAAAAUCCGCAACAGCAGCGUCGGCAGAGCCAGCAGCAGCAGCAACACCAAGCAUGACUACAACGACAGCGACGUCGAACCGCAGCCGCAUUCAAUCCGAAGCUUUUGGGGGUAGACAUUCACCGUUUGACGCCCGUCGUUCGUUCUCAACUAGCAUCAAGAUGCCAGCGAAAUGUCUGCAACUGGAGAACAUCAAUCCGAACUUCAUCACCAUGGAGUAUGCCGUGCGUGGUCCACUGGUGAUACGUGCCGGUGAAAUCGAAAAGGAGCUUGAAAAGGGUGCCAAGAAGCCGUUCGACCAGGUGAUUCGGGCCAAUAUCGGUGAUUGCCAUGCCAUGGGACAGCAGCCGGUGACGUUUCUGCGUCAGCUGAUGGCCUUGACAUUCGAGCCCCGCCUACUGGACUCGCCCGAUUAUCCCGAGGAUGUGAAGAAGCGCGCCCGCGCCAUUCUUGCCAACUGCCAGGGCCACUCGGUGGGCUCGUACACGGACUCGGCUGGCCUGGAGGUGGUGCGUCGCCAGGUGGUCGAAUAUAUACAGAAGCGUGACGGCGGAGUGCCCAGCGAUUGGCAGAAUAUCUAUCUGACCGGCGGUGCCUCGCCCGGUAUCAAGAGCAUUCUCUCGCUGAUCCAUGCUGAGGUGGGAGGCAAGCCACCUGGCGUGAUGGUGCCCAUUCCCCAGUAUCCGCUGUACUCAGCCACCAUUGCCGAAUAUGGCAUGGACAAGGUCGACUACUAUUUGGAGGAGGAUUCCGGCUGGAGUCUGAGCCGCAAGGAGCUGCAGCGCUCCUUCGAUGAGGCCAAGAAGGCGUGCAAUCCACGCGCUCUGGUCGUCAUCAAUCCGGGCAAUCCCACCGGUCAGGUGCUGACCCGCGACAACAUUGUCGAGAUCAUCAAGUUUGCCAACGACAACGGGCUGAUUCUGCUGGCCGAUGAGGUGUACCAGGACAACGUUUACGACAAGAACUCCAAGUUCUACUCGUUCAAGAGGGUCGCCUACGAGAUGGGCGAGCCCUACCGCAGCCAAGAGCUGGUCAGCUUCCUGUCCACAUCUAAGGGUUUCCUCGGCGAGUGCGGCAUUCGCGGCGGCUACAUGGAGGUGCUCAACCUAUGCCCCCAGGUCAAGGCCAUGCUCACCAAGUCGAUAACGGCUGCCCUCUGCAGUACCACCGCCGGCCAGGUGGCCGUCAGUGCUCUGGUGAAUCCACCCCAGCCCGGCGAGCCCUCGUACGACCUAUUCCAAAAAGAGAAGAACGCCACCCUGGCGGCCCUUAAGGAGCGCGCAGAGCUCGUCCACAAGACGCUCAGUAGCUUUGAGGGCUACAAGGUGAAUCCCGUUCAGGGCGCCAUGUACGUGUUUCCCCAGAUCGAGAUCCCACCCAAGGCCAUCGAGGCAGCCAAGGCCAAGGGCAUGGCUCCCGAUGUUUUCUACGCAUUUGAGCUCCUCGAGACGAGCGGCAUUUGCAUUGUUCCUGGCAGCGGAUUCGGGCAAAAGCCCGGUACCUAUCACUUCCGCAGCACGAUCCUGCCACAGACGGACAAGCUGAAAUUGAUGAUGGAGAAAUUCCGUGUAUUCCACGCCGAUUUCAUGAAGAAGUACAAGUAGAUGGAGACACACUGCUUGUAUCCCUUCCCUAGACCCUUCCUCCUCCUCCUGCCGCCUGCCUGUGUUAAAAGUGUCUGAUCCCCCCCUCCACGGCUAAGGAUUAUCUAGUUUUUUUUUUGUUUUGUUUUUUGUUACUAUGAUAAUUGAUAAUUAUUUGCCAUAGACUUCUACUGUUUCUCUGCUCUUUAUUAUUUUAUAUAUAACAAAUAUAAACAUAAAUAUAAAUGUGUAACAUUUUUACAUACAUAAAUAUGUAUUUCUGUGCUAAAGAACUGCACGAAUCCACAUAAAAUGAAUCUUUACUUUGUUUCAAACAAUUUUUUAUAUUGAUCUUUUGGUUCAGUGAUUUUUAUAUGUUUUAACAAUGUAAAAGCAGUUUUUCUGCCUUUUUACAUAUAUAUUAUCCGAAUAUUGUAAUUAUUGUGUAUAUUGUGGAUUCAUUCAGUUCUCUAGUAGAUGCUAUAUAGUCCUGUAUACUCGAUAGCCUUCCAUAAAUGAUUUGGCUGCUUUCACCAUAUUAAUUAGUCGUUAACUAAACUGUUGAAUUUUAUGUAGCCUUACGUUCGGAUAUAGAAAAGAUUUGUGUGCCGAUCCUUGAUUUGAUUCUUUUGCGCAUGCUUUAAGUGAGAAGGGAAACAAAUCCAAGUGAUUUGAGGGGAGUGACAAUAAUUUUGUUAGAGCCAAAAAUUUGUUUAUUACUUUCGUUGGCCGAGCGAAAAAGAAUGCGGAUAUUGUUCUAUAGAAAAGUUGUGUUGCAUUAUAAACAACAUUACAUACUCGUUCAUAUAUGUCAUAUAUGUGCAUAUCCCCCGGUUCGAUCACGAAUACAUAUUAUGUAAAUGUCUUCAAAAGUCAUUAAUAUUUGGUAAAAGACAAACCAAAACAUGGAACUAUGGAAGUAAAUAAACAUUAAUAUUGUUAAA